UGUCAUGCUAUUCUUUGAUUACAGCGGUAAAGAGGCAAGCCGGUACUGGAUCAGAACCCAACGGCUUCAUGACCGAGAAGCCCCCUACCACCGUGACUAGCACAGAGAGUCCUCCCUCAACAAAAGCCCCAACCACUCUUGAGCCCCCUCCUGCAAUCCCCUCCCCUGAGAACGAGGGCACUGGUGCAGAAAUCGUAGAACCAGCAUUUCCAGUCAGACCGGUUAAAACGACAACAGAAAAGGGACCAGACCCUCCAUCGACAACUUCCACUGAAUCUCCCCCAGCAACAUCCACUGAGUCAUCCCCUAAUACAACAACGGAAUUCCCCCUAGGAACACGUACCUCAACAGAGAUGGGUCCCACAUCUACCGAAAUGGCUCCAUCUACUGAUAAUUCCACAACAGACAACUCAACAGAGACGACAACGCCAUCAACAAGCGGUUCAGAAAACACAACAGAUUCUGGAGCUUCAAGUGGACCAGAUAUGACAACAGAUUCAGGCAUGCCCACUCCUUCAAACAGACCAGAUAUGACAACAGAUUCCGCUGUACCAACCCCUUCAAAUGGUCCAGCAGCUGUGACAACCGAUUCUGGAAUACCAACCCCAUCAAAUGGACCAGAUAUGACAACAGAUUCGGGCGUAUCUGCCCCUUCAAAUGGUCCACCAGCUAUGACAACAGAUUCCGCCGUACCAACCCCUUCAAAUGGACCAGAUAUGACAACUGAUUCAGGAGUACCAACACCUUCAAAUGGUCCACCAGCUGUGACAACUGAUUCCGGAAUACCAACCCCUUCAAAUGGACCAGAUAUGACAACAGAUUCAGGUGUGUCUGCCCCUUCAAAUGGACCAGAUGUGACAACAGAUUCAGGCGUUCCUACCCCUUCAAAUGGCCCACCAGCUGUGACAACUGAUUCAGGCGUACCAACCCCUUCAAAUGGACCAGAUAUGACAACAGAUUCAGGCGUUGCCACGUCUUCCGUAGCUCCACCAGCUGUGAACACCGAUUCAGGCAUACCCACACCAGUUCCAGGCGUAACGGGAUCAACCGAGCAACCUGGGGCUGGUUCAACAGAAGUAUCAGGAACCGGAAGUACAGAAAAUCCACCCAAUGGCACAACAGAAGAACCAUCCAUAGGAUCUACCGCGGGACAAAACUCUCUUCCUCCAUCCGUAACACCAUCAGGACCCGGCACAGCUGGGCCAUCAUCGGGCACUACCCCAGUUGCAACAGGUACCACGGAAGUCUGUGCUGACAAACUUCCAAAUUGCCGACAAUACGGAUUUGACAAGGUCUGCGUUCCUGGGGCAUAUAGACCAUGGGCUGAAGUUCGAUGUAGAAAAUUCUGUGGAUUUUGCGGAGAACCAACAUCGCCACCCCCAUGUAUGGAUAAACUGCCAAACUGUAAGGAAUACAACGCAGGUUUUUGCACAAAUCCGGAAUAUAAGAUAUUCAUUGAAGAAAACUGCCGAGCCUUCUGCAAAAUCUGCGACAACCCAAUAACAGCACCUCCCACUCCUCCGCCAUCUACAACUCUAGAUCCGAUUUUGGAAAGUUUAAAACUAAACUGCCGAAACAUCCGAACGGAUUGCGACUACUUCCAAGAUUCUUCAUGCUUCGAUGAUUUCGAAGGUUGGGCGAGACGUAACUGUGCCCUUCGUUGCGGAUACUGCCCAGGUAAACUAGAGACAUGCAUAGACACAGACCCCCUUUGUGAUGAAUACGGUGUAGACCUAUGCACAACCUACGAGGGAUUCGCCAGGGACAAGUGUAAAAAAUUCUGCAACUUAUGUGGAGCUCCUGUGAGACCCUCAAGUAUGCCUGGUUCUAAUACUACGGGUUCAGGUGUAACUUUGCCCUUUGCUCCUUCAAGACCGUCCAACCUUGCACCAACAUCCGGGAACCUGACUGCUACUUCGCAGAUUUUGUCUCAAACAUACGAAGGACCCCCUUCGGAUAAAAAAGGAUUUUGCCAAUACAAAGACCAAUACCUUAACCUUACACAGACUUACACCGAUGGAUGUGACGUCAGAUGUACGUGUUUGGACAACGUAUUGAAUACGGUUGUGUGUUCAGAUAUAUGUCCACGAUGGACUGCCACGCCUUCCCAGUGUCAUUUCGAAAAGGAAGCGGGUCAAUGUUGUGAUAAGCUCAUCUGUAGUGGCGGAGUAUUGCCGGGUGUUCCUCAAAUCAGUCCAACCACAACGACGUAGUGUAUUGUAUUCAAUUUAAAACCUUUUCAUAACAAUGUUUGUAUUCACAGUAAUAAAAAAUAAAGAUGG